AUGGGAAUCAAAUAUGUUAACCAAGAAGAAAUAGAAAUGGAGGGGCACGAAGCUGAAAAAUGGAUGUGGUUUGAGGUAAACAUAGUUCGUGUUUGCUGGAUAGAAGCUCCGAAUGAUCCGAUGCUGGAUGAAGUUGAUGCGGAGCUUCUUACUAUAAAUAACCAAGAUGAUGAUGCUCAAGGUGGUGAGGAUGGCGAAGACACGCAACCUGUGCAUGGUGGUGAGGAUGAAGAAGACAGUCCACAUGUGCAUGGUGCUGCACAGAACUCCAGCCGAAUUACUGUAGUUCAAUCUACUUAUGAAUGGAGCCGAUUUAGGGAUUCGUUAGCUGAAGCUAUGUUUCGUGAUUAUCAAAAUAGAUGUAUCCUGUAA